AUGAAGCUCUACCUAAUCCGCCACGCCGAAACAACAGACAACGUCGCCCACAAUCUCGCCGGAACCAAGGACUCCCCGCUCACCAACCACGGCGCCCUCCAGAUCACCCACCUGGCCAAACACUUCCACUCCCACAACAUCUCCUUCACCCACAUCUUCUCCUCAGACCUUUCCCGCGCCGCCCUCACAGCCCAUGGCCUGGCUAUCCCUCCCCAGUCUCCCUCCCCCUCCCCGUCCCCCUCCCCCACUCCAAAUCUCCUCCCCACUCUCCGCGAACGCGACUUCGGGUCCCUAGAAGGCACGAAAUGGCACGCUGGCUGGGACGCACCCCGCGUCCCGCACCCGCGGCCCCCGGAGACAGAGACCUCGAUGCGCACGCGCGCGCGGUCGUUCGUGACCGAGGUCCUGAUCCCCGUGCUUGCUGCGGAGGGGGACGAGGGCGUUGUCGCGGUCGUCUCGCAUGGGAUUCUGCUGGGAGUGUUAUGGGGUGUUCUUGUUUCUUGUUUUGCGGCGGGGAGGGUAAGUAUGGUGGGCGAUGGGGCUGGGGCUGGGGAAGGGGGUGUGUUUCGGCCCGCGUGGGCGAAUACGGGGUUUUUGGAGGUGAUGAUUGAGCCGGUUGUGGGAUUGGGUGUUGAUGCUGAUGGAGGGGAAGUAGCAGAGGGGGAUGGGGUGAUGCCUCUCCUGGCUGGGUAUGCGAUGCAGGUGCUGAAUGUCAAUAGCCGGUCUCAUCUGGCGGGUCUUCGGCGCGCGAGAGGGGUGGGCAGUGCGACGUUUGAUCAGCGGCAGAGGCGGAUUGAGCAUUUCUUUGGGGGGAAGAAGUGA